AUGGAAGAAGGUGAUGAUGAAGUUCUGGGGCACAUCAACAGAGUCGAGAAUCUGGCGGAGCAACAGGACAUAGUCGGUGCUCCGGUCAGUGAGGACGAUUUGGUCAUCACGCUUCUGGCCAGCCUUAGCGAGUCGUACCAGUUCCUGAUAACAGGAUUGGAGUCGAGAGCCGACUCGCUGUCGUGGGAACUAGUGACGUCUCGGCUACUGCAUGAAGACAUGAAGCGCAAGGAGCAAGGUGGUGGCGUCGACGGAGCCGCGCACAGUCAAGGUCAAGCGUUCAUGUCAAGAGACAACAAGCGCAAGGCUCGACCGGCUAAGAAGACCGGUGCGUGCCACACUUGUGGAAAGCAAGGACAUUGGAUUGUGGAAUGCCCCUCGCGCAUCCAGAAAGACGCUGAACGACACAGGUUCCAGCGUGCAAACAUCGCGCAAGAACAAGAGCUUGGCAAUUACCUUUUCUCGGUUGGCUGUGGUAAGACCAAGUCUAGUAACAUGUGA